UGAAGACCAGCACUUGUAGUUCUUCACUAAAUGAGGAAUGGGCAAAGUGGUCUUCAGAACUUAGCCUGCUCCUAAAUGAAAAGUGUUCUAAUUCUUAGAGUCAUUGUUCUUGGAUGUAGCAUGAGCUGCUGUUCUCUGCAAAUGUCAAGGCAUUCUUUAGGCAAACUGCUGAGAGGAAGGGAACAUCCCCUCCUCUCCUGGAAUUCACUUUGCAAUAUUCUUUCUGCUCUGCAAAAAGCAGAUGUUGAUAAAAAUUCAUCCCAGAUCCCAGGGUGCACUGAAUCUUUGGAAGUAUGUAAUCUUGUGCUGAAUCUCCCAAGAGAGUGUUUCUUCCCAAGAAAAUGAAGGCUCCUGAUUUUUCAGCCCUCCUUCCCAUUUGUAGAUGACAGCCGCUUGCCUUGGUGCCUGUUUGUCUUCUGAUUUCUGUCUGCUCUGAUGGUUUUUCCAUAGGCUUAGUUUCCCCUCAAGGCAACCCUGCAAAGGAGUGUGGGAGAAUCAGACUCUGUGCAGAGCUGCCUGUUUUGCUGGGGCUGCUGUUGUUGUUGUUCUUGUUGAUGUUAUCGUUAGCCAAAAGACCACAAAUUGCUCAGAGCCCCAGAGAGUGGAGCUGGGUUUCAGAUCUCCUGCAAGCUCAAUCUCUCUGUUUUGAACUUUGCUUCUUGCAUUUUGUUUCUUUCAGGGUGUGUGGUGAGUGUGGAAGAUCCAGAAAAGAAGUACACUGGAUGGGAACAUCUUGGCAGUGGGGGCUUUGGAGCUGUUUAUAAGGCCUUCGACACUGCCACAGGAAAAGCGGUGAGUGCCCGUGCAGAUCUUGCAGCUCUUGAGUGCUUUCCCUGUGAUGUGAUCUGUGGCCAGAGCUUUGGGCCGCCUGUCUUUGCUGCAGAGGCUGUUCUGCAGAAGCAGUCUGUCUAGAGGCAGGCUGCAAAAUGCAUUUGGGACAGACUUUGUCCUUCCUACCUACCUGAAUGAAUGCAAGGAUGGCCGUGGUGUCUUUCAGAGGACACGCUAGCUUGGACUUACUGGAUAAAUGUGCAUAGAUUAGCUGAUGGCAAGAGCCAUCAUUCCAGCCCAAUUCCUCUUAAGCCCAGGAUCAGACACAGAUAUUUUGUUUUCUAUCAGGUGAUUCAGUUGGAAAAUACAAUGCAAGCCCUUCAGAAAGAGAGAUCUUGUCUGGGGCACAGUUUUGCCUUUCAGUCCUAGGGAACCUAGUUCACAUACACACACACCUACACACACACACACACACAGAGACACGUGCACAGAUGAAUGAGAAGAAGUUGAUGAAGAGCCUUAAAUAAUACAACCUUGUGUUGAUCCUGUGUUCCACUAGAGAGAUGCUCUCUGUUCUGAACAGGCAUGGUGGUGUCUUGGAGAGUCUUGCUGCUCUUUGGGGCUAGAAGUUCCAAGUCCUGAAUUCUCCUUUUUGACUCUCAGGAAAUACAUUCCAUCUUCCUUAAUAGUAAGGAAUUAGAGAAGGUAGUUCCUUAUCCAGCUGCAGAGCUGUGCUCAGGAACUGCACUUGGAGGGAGGUCUCGGAGGCGUCCAAAAGCCCCAAGCCCUGUACUUAGAACCUGGGGCACAUCCAUAGUGUACCACAGAAAGGGGUAUUCAUUUUUAAACCCAUUCAAUAAUUUCAAGUCUAAAGAUUGUUCUUCAAAGUUGCAAAAGCCAAACUGAAGAAGUGAGGAUGUGCUGGGAUUGUAACUUUACCUUGAGUCGCUUUGCAGUUCUUUUUUGACAGCAUUUUCCCCAUCAUGUUUUAUGUGUUUACUCUGGCACACAAUUGAAUUGGCAGCCAUCUCUUCACAGGAGAAAAAUUACUUUUGGCUUCCAAAGCGUGUGUAAAUGAUAAUAGUAGUGCUAAAUAAAGUCUGUUUGAGAAGCCUGCAGGUGCAGAGGGUGGUGUUAGCGCUUUGUGGUUGAUGGUUUAGAGUCCCUUUUUUCCGAGGUGACAAGGCAUCCAGGCCCAUGAGUGCCAGAGAAAGAGGCUCUGGUCAUGUCUGUCCCUAAGAGCUUUUGAAUGUCAUUGUAGGUGGCUGUAAAGGAACUUUAUCUCCAGCACCAUGGCUGUGAGGGAGUAUUAAAAGAAAUCCUGCUCAUAAGAGAAAAUAAGAACGCCAAUAUUGUCAGCUACUUAGAAAGCUACCUUGUGGAUGAGGCUGUCCUGCUGGUGUUGGAAUAUAUGGAUGGAGGCUCCUUAGCUGAUGUGGUCACCGUGAGAAGGAUGGCUGUAGGACACAUAGCAACAGUGUGUCGGGAGUGCCUGCAAGGCCUGGCUUUCCUUCAUGCCAAGCAGGUGAUCCACAGAGACAUCAAAAGUGACAACAUCCUUCUGGGCCGGGAUGGCUCCGUCAGGCUGGCUGAUUUUGGCCUCUGUGCUGUGCUCAGCCCUGAGCACAGGAAACGGAGGUCGAUGGUCGGGACCACUUACUGGAUGGCACCCGAGGUGGUGAGAAGAGAGCCUUACGGCCCCAAAGUGGACACCUGGUCCCUUGGGAUUGUGGGAAUAGAAAUGGCCACAGGAGAGGCUCCUUAUAUGCAGGAGACCAGUGUCAAGGCCAGCUACCUGAUAGGCAAGCAAGGGGUUCCAAAUCUGCACCAGCUCAGGCUACCCCCUGGCUUGUGUGAAUUUCUGGGCUGCUGCCUGCAGAUGGAUGUGGACAGGCAAGGCUCUGCCAAGGAACUUCUGCAGCAUCCAUUUCUGCAAUCAGCGGAGCCUCUCUUAAGCCUCUUCUGACAGCCUGAUUGCUGCCAUCCCUGCAGCAAGGGAAUGCAAGAAGCAAAGGAGAUGACAAGGUGUGAGAGUCUGUCCGAAACUUCCCUCAUUUUUUGCCUCUCGAUCGUCAUGAAAGCCAAGACCACCGGGGAAAGGGAAAGAUCCUGUUCUGAAAAUCCAGGUCUGUCUGGUCCACCAAGCCAGAUUAUUGCCUACGGGUGUGUUUGCUCAACUCAUGGAACACUGCACCCAAGAAGGGGCAGUGUGCUCUCCUUCGCCUGCAUCACCUAGCAACGCUAGUGCUGGAAUUUCUCCACCCUUCUGACUUGGCUGGACUUUCUCUCUGGAAUGACCUUCCCGGAGGUCGCCACAAAAGGACCCUCCAUUCACUGUACAU